ACCUUAGCUUAGAUGUCUUUGUCUUCUCCACCUCAGCUAGUCCCGUAUCGCGAUGUGGUUGAGUUCGAAGGUGCUAUUCAGCAUCUGUUGAAGAAUGUGAGCAGGAUGCCCCUCUUCUUGUUCUUCAAGAAGUCAAGGAAUAUCUUCAAGAAGGAUGAGCUAGGCCUAGAAAUAGCAAAGAUUGCGCUUCCUGCAACACUGGCUUUAGCAGCUGACCCUGUUGCUUCCCUGAUUGACACUGCGUUCAUUGGCCACAUAGGACCUGUGGAGCUCGCUGCUGUAGGAGUUUCUAUUGCUGUGUUCAAUCAAGUAUCCAGGAUUACAAUAUUCCCACUUGUUAGUGUUACAACUUCUUUUGUUGCUGAGGAAGAUACUAUUGGAAAAUUGAAUGCAGAAGCACAAGAAGAUGAAAAUCUUGAAAAGGGUUUUACUACAAAUAAGGAAAUGGAAGAGCUGAUACAUCUAGUCAAAUCUUCAUCCAAGAUGUCAUCCAUAAGCAGUGCUUAUACACAAAGGAGCGAAACUGAGCAUGAGAGAAGGCAUAUUCCAUCAGCUUCUGUGGCAAUGGUUAUUGGUACUGUGCUUGGGCUCAUUCAAGCUUUAUUCCUCAUUCUGGCUGCCAAACCUAUCUUAAACUAUAUGGGUGUAAAAUCUGAUUCUCCUAUGAUAAGGCCUGCUCAGAAAUACUUGACAUUGAGGUCAAUUGGUGCUCCUUCUCUUCUUCUCUCUUUAUCCAUGCAAGGGAUCUUUCGAGGAUUUAAGGAUACUAAAACUCCAUUAUAUGCUACCGUUGUGGGAGAUCUAGCAAACGUGGUUUUAGACCCAAUAUUUAUUUUUGUAUUCCGUAUGGGCGUUAGUGGUGCAGCCAUUGCUCAUGUAAUUUCCCAGUACUUGAUUUCCCUGAUACUCUUGUGGAAAUUAAUUGAAAAAGUUGAUCUGUUGCCACCAAGUUUCAAAGAUCUACAAUUUGAUCGGUUUCUUAAAAAUGGAUUUCUGCUAAUGGUAAGGGUAAUAGCUGUAACAUUUUGUGUGACCCUAUCAGCAUCAUUGGCUGCAAGGCAGGGGUCAACAACAAUGGCUGCAUUCCAGAUUUGCUUGCAGAUUUGGCUGGCCACAUCUUUACUAGCGGAUGGGCUCGCAGUUUCUGCACAAACAAUCCUUGCAAGCGCAUUCGUGAAGAGAGAUUAUGACAAGGCUAGAACCACUGCCUCUCAUGUAUUGCAGCUUGGCUUCAUUCUGGGGCUAGUGUUCUCAGUCACAAUUAUGUUUGGGUUACCUUAUGGUUCCAGAUUAUUUACAACAGAAGUCAGUGUUUUGCAACUUAUCAGUGUAACCACUCCGUUUAUUGCAGUGACUCAACCCAUCAAUGCAUUAGCCUUCAUUUUUGAUGGAAUCAACUAUGGAGCAUCUGAUUAUGCAUAUUCUGCCUACUCAAUGGUUGCAGUGGCAGUAAUCAGCAUCCUGUGCUUGUUCAUACUUUCCUCAACUCAUGGUUAUAUUGGCAUCUGGAUUGCUUUAUCCAUUUAUAUGAUUUUGCGUUCUUUUGCCGGAUUUUUUAGGAUAGGAACUGGGGCGGGACCUUGGAACUUUCUCAGGGUUUGAAUGGUAUUCUUUCAUUCUUGUAAAUCCAAAUGUUGUUCAUUUGCAUGUGUUAUUUCGAACAAUCAUCUUACUGGGAUAAGCAGAAAUGAAAAAGCAUUCAGGAAUGAUUGGUUUGUCUUCAUUCCUGGUAUCUUCAAACAGCAUAUGUAUAUAGUAUCAGAGUAAUAAUAUAUGAAGGCAGUCAAGCCAUCAUGUUGAUAGAAGCAAGCUGCCACUGGUAUAAUUUGGUGUAGUCAGCUAGUCAAAUAAUAGUCAGAUCUUUCCUGGUUGCUACUUGAGUGAAUGCAACAAUUUCUACUCUUUUUUUUUUUGUUUGGUCCUCUCUAAAGGUCAUUGGACUGAUGACCUAAAAGCUUGAACUGUCUUAACACUAAGUCAUAAAUUCUAUUGGCUACAUGAGUGUUAGCAAUUUCC